GCCGAAGUUGUCCGAAGGUAAACAGCCAAAAAUUCAUUUCGGGCCCGGUAGUUAUGGUUAGAUAACUAUUUUAAUUGAAAGAGAUGAUAAAACGUAAUUACCAUAACCUGAUUAUUACAAUAAGCGGCUGGUAGGGCUGAAGCUAUGACAGUUGUGAAAACUGCCAUGUCAAGUGGUGAUCCAGCACCAUUUUCACCAGGAGACUCAACUGUCUCAUCUGUAACAACAUGUGCACUGGGAGUAGAAGGUCCAGACCCACCUACACUGAAGAUGGUGGAUGGUCAAGAAUGCAUGGAUGCUACCAGUAUCACUGCCUCAGAAGUGUUGGAAAAUGGACUGUGUGCUGAGUUUCAUCCUGUGGGAGUGCAGCAACAAGUCAAGAUGCGCAAUAAUGGCUCUGAUGUAGCAAUUGUAGAAGGGCUGGUGGAAGGUUCUAAUCACUCAGGGACUUUAGCUUUAGCAGUGACAACUGAGCAUGGCAACAAGUCAUCAGUGAAGGGGGUAGCUGUCUCUGAUGUUGUGGCACAAACAGCUUGGGUUCCUGCUAAACUGAAGAUGGCGGAAGAUGGCGGUCCGCCGACUGAGGCUGGUCCCUCCCUGACUACGGUGGCCACACUGACACAGCAUGUGGAUGCUGAACAGCAGCCAACGGCCCCUGAGGCUAAUUCGGCACCUUUGGCAGCUUCAGCUGCAGUGUCAGCUGCCAGGGAGCAGUCGGAUGCCGCUCCGUCCUGCGCGGGACCCGGGCUGACUAGCGCUGACGGUACCUGUGGACGCGCGGCAGCAUCCGAUCCGGUCAAAGAGCGCUCCCCAUCCGCGGUCGGACCCCCGUCCGAUCCAUCGGCGACAGUAAGCGCCACAGCCGCUCCGGGAGGGACCGGACAAACCGUGGCAGAGACGACGGAGGGCUCGGAAGGCCUGAGAGGGACCGGGCAGUCGGUGGCAGAGAGUAGCGAGGGGUCGGAGGGCCUGACUGUCACCUGUGACCCGGCAGCGUGCAGCCUCAGCUCCGCAGCCGCACCCGGCACGGACACGCCAUCCGCAGAGGGGAACGGCGCUGCACCUUCAGCCGACAGUGCGGACGCGGCUCGGAGCGGCGGAGAGGGCGCCGUCACCGUCCCGCCGCCGGACGGAUCCGAGUCGGAGCUGCUGGCCAUCGGCACCGUGCUGGUCUCGGGCGAGCGACUGGUGUUCGCCUGCGCCGUGUGCUCGGAGGCGUUCACCUCGGCCGGUCGGCUGCGCUCCCACCACGGUCGGCAGCACGGACCGCCGCCGGAGCCCCGGGCCAGUCCGCCGCCGCCGGCCGAGGUCACCGUCGGCCGGCGCCGCCGCCGGCGGACCCGGUUCGUCACGACGGCGGCGACGGAGGAUGAGGACUCUCCCGAGGAAUACCCGGUGAUGGACGAGGAGGACAUGGCGGAGGGAGCGCGGCGCACCCGCCCGAGCCGUGGCCCCUCCACGUCCGGGGUGACGUCACUCAAGUGCGGCCUGUGCGGGAAGGUGCUCUCCAGCGCCACCAAACUGGCCGUCCACCAGAGGAUGCACUCCGGCGAGCGGCCGCACAUCUGCACCUACUGCCCGAAACGCUGCAACGACCUCGGCAAUCUGCGCAAGCACGAGCAGCUGCACUUCAAGGAACGGCCGUUCCGCUGUGACACGUGCACCAUCACCUUCUGGACGGCGAUUCGACAGCGCGCGCACCGCUGUAAAUUGGCGCGGUCCCAGGAGAACUCGGACGAGGCUGGCGAUAGUAUGGACAUGACUGAGGCCGGGCAGAGCACGAGUACUGAGAUUCCUGCUGAGUCCAAGGAGACGAUGAUACUGGACAGUGAAAAUAUUCCGAUGGAGCUGAGCGGGUCGGGCCUGCCGGCACUGGCUGCCGCCGCAGAGCUGGCGGCGGCGCGGCCGCCCCGCGAGCCGUCACCGAAGCGCGAGCCGAACGCCAACUCUGGCCAGGCGCCGGUGGUGCCUGUGGACUGUGACGUGUGCGGCCGCCAGCUGCGCUCCGUCUCCGGCUGGCAGCGCCACCGGCGGCUGCACGCCGGCGUCCGACCGUACCUGUGCCGCUUCUGCGACAAAACCUGCAACGACAGCGGCAACAUGCGCAAACACGAGGCCGGCCACUUCAAGGAGCGGCCGUACCGCUGUGACACGUGCUGCAUCACCUUCGUCAACACGUGGCGGCUCGGCAUGCACCAGUGCAAGCUGCGCGCGGACGGCGGGCCGCCGACGGAGGGCAGCGCCCCGUCGCCGACCAUGUCGUCGGCCGCUGCGGAGGUGGAGGUGGAGGCGGUGCUGGAGAGCCGGCCGGCGCUGCCGGUGCCGCCCCCGCGCGGCCGCCACGCACCUCCCCCGCAGCUGGACGCGCGCGGCCGCCGCCGAGACCACGUCUGUCCCGUCUGCAGCAAGGCGAUGCUCUCGUACGCCAGUCUGGAGAUGCACUACCGCACGCACACCGGAGAGAAACCCUAUCAGUGCGACGAGUGUGGCAAGCGGUUCAGCAUCCAGGGCAACCUGGUGGUGCACGCGCGCAUUCACACCGGAGAGCGGCCGUUCCAGUGUGACGAGUGCGGUAAGAUGUUCAUGUACCAGAGCCACCUGAAGGUACACAAACGGGGCCACAGCGGUGCACGCCCCUUUCGCUGCCAGUUUUGCCAAAAGGGAUUCGCUGCGUCAAGCUCCAAGCGAGUCCACGAGCAAACAGUACAUUCCAAUGAGCGUAAGUUUAUCUGCGAGGCGUGCGGCGCCACCUUCAAGGAAAAGAAACAUCUGAAACGGCACGGAUGGAGGAAGCAUCAGAUCGGCGAGGAGCCUGUUCUGUAGCCAGCCCGUUGGCCAGUUGCCUUGACAACGGGCGGGCAAAAGCCGGUGCCGUUGAUUCCCUUGCGCCAGUUUGGUUUCACUGUUUCUUUUGCCUGCUGUAACUUGUUUCUUUUGCCUGCUGUAGCAUAAUAACGUGUCAGCGUUCACUCAGUUACCUACAUUAUUUAGUUGUCGUAUGUGCUCGUGGUACGACGCUUGUUUGUCUGUUCAGGUUUUCGUUGCCGGUUGUGAGUGUGACGAGCCGUGGUGGCUGGUGGUGUAUCGACUUGUGGCGCGGACUGAAUCUAUCAUAUCGUUUGUUUGUGCUGUAGAUGAAGCCAGUUCAGAUGCAAUAGUACGCCUCAAUCAUGUAUUUGAUAUAGAAAAACGAUAAAUAUACCUACUUGAUAGUAGUUAAUCCAGA